CGGGCGUUAGGACCCAGACGACCUCGGCAGCAGCGGGGAGCCGUUAAACAUGGCGGACCAAAACAAGAAAGAGACCGAGCUGAAGUUCUACAGUGAAAUAUUAAGUCCAUCUGCACUGUUUGCAGCCCGGUCCAGGAGUCACAAGAUCCCAGUCAAGGGACAGAAGGACUUCUUCCCCAAUGACUCAGACGAGCAAAGAGAGCGGCUCGAGCAGAGUCUCAAUGAGCACUGGAGCCUCAUUUCAGAGGAGAGAGUGGAGAAGCUAGGAAACCUGGUGAAGGCCACGUGGAUCCCAGCUGAGCAGAUCGUGGAGCUUCAGUCUCCAGCUGGAAAGUUUUGGCAGACGAUGGGUUACUCUGCCAACGGAAAGCAGUACGUCCUCCCUGAAGAGGCUCUUUACCUGAUGGAGUGUGGGAACAUGCAGGUGUUUUACUGCGAUCUGCCGCUGUCCAUCCAGGACGGCUACGAGAGGUUUCUGUCUUCACGCACAGUCAGCCUGCAGCAGUACCAGGUGUUCGGGCAUUUGAAGAGGCUUGGCUAUGUGGUGCACAGGUUCGAUCCCAGUUCCGAGCCGUCGCCCUACACGAGGCAGCUGAACUUACCUCAGCCUCGUGACCGAGUGGGGAGACAAGUGAAGAGGAAACGCAGCCCCAGUCCUCCCGCAACAUCCAGUCGCGCUGAAGCACAAGAGGAAUCCACAGCUGACAGAAUGGAGGAGGAUAAGUGCGACCAUGAAGGUGAGCAGGAUAAAAAACUACCAGAGUCACCCCCAACGGUGUCUCCAGAGACGUCAGGUCCUCAAACUGCUGCUGCGAGCUCAGCAGACGGUGGCGGUGAUGGUGGCGGUGGCAGCAGGACCUGGUGGCUGCCGGAUGUUCUCGGGGAGCCACCGCCUCCCCGGCCCUCCUCCAGUUCCUCACGCUGGGACUUCGACUCCAUCCCUUUCCCUGACCUCGGCUCCAAGGAGAACCUCUCCAGCUGCCUGGCCUCUCCGGACCCCUCCCUGCUCCCCGGCUCUCUGGCUGUGGGAGUCUGUGACAUUUACCACUGGAGGCACAGAAUCAACCUGCAGGACGUGAAGAUGUCGUCGAAGGAGCAGAGGAGGCAGGAGGACAAGCAGAGGCGCCGGUGGGAAGUCAACAAGGACAGAGAGGUGCGGCGCUGCAGGAACUGGGCGGAGUAUCGGCAGCUCCUGGAGAAACAGCAGGGGAGGCGUGAAAGACGACCAGCUCACCUGUGGAACAGGGAGGUCGCUCCUCUACACGACCCGAGACAACCAAUCCCCACCGGUGAGCUGCUGGAGAAAAUCAGUGUGAUUCGAUCUACAAAUCUGUUGGAGGGAGCCUCCAGGUUAAAAGGCUCCGACGAGUGGAGGAUUUGUUUCAAUGUUUACCAACCCGAUUCAGUGGCUGAUUUUAAGAAGAGCAGCCCGGGGAAACCAUACUCCCGCAUGUGUGUGUGCAGAUUCGACAGCCCCGUGCCCGACCUGCGAGCCAUCAAGCUGCUGACCUUCCAGAGCGGAGACGUCCCGGUGGUCUUCGCCGUGGUGGACCACGGAGACAUCUCCUUCUACACCUUCAAAGACUUCCAGCUGCCCACAGACGUAUUCCCCUGACACCUCGCUGCUCACGUAACAUCACCUUACACCACUUGACUUUUAAAUGAAUCUGCAUCUGUCGGCUCGGCUGCACAUACAAAAAUAAUGAUAUAACUUACAAAAGCAGUGAUUUAUAAUGGGAGGCUGAUUUUCAGAUCCGUGCAGAUUCUACCUCCAAGUGAUGCCAAAGUUCUUUUUAUUCUGCACGCAGUGGCUGACAAAAAGUUUUCAGACUUUGUUUACACUUCUGACAUUGUGCCGGAAAAAGAAACUAUGUAUUUUUUUUUACCUAUUCAUUUAUGGAACCGUCAGAGUGACUUAUAUGAACUAUUAAGCCGACCAGACUUGUUAUUGUUUAUUUUCUGCAGCAGCAACAACAAGAUCGAUCGAGUACUUUAUUCCUAGUGGGAGAUAAAUUGUUGCUACACUCACAUAAACCAGAAAAGAACCACUAAAGGCUGCUACUGUCCACCUGAGGGUCGGUGUUGUUACGUUUUCAGUCAUUUACAGCGAAAAAUACAAUGUCAGCUUAAGUGAUGCUUUUUUUUUCAUUUAACCCUCCUGUUAUGUUCAUUUCUCAUGAACAGCAAUAAUGUUCGUGGGUCAAUUUGACCCGGUGCAUGUUUAAUUAUCCAAAAGUGUCAGAAACCAAAAGAAAAUCCCAAUAAACAUUGUUUAAAUUUCAUCAUUAACUCCAUGAGUAACCAUUUCAAUCAAUAUUUAGUGCAAUGGUGUUCUUUACCUCUCACAGAUCAUGGUUCAAUGAGGAUAAUUCACUCGUUUUUCAUAAAAAAUGCAUGUUAAAACUUUUUUAUGUACGUUGGAAAGGCUUACAUAAUACAAAAAAAUACUUGUAACUAUUUAUUUUUUUAGAAUCUUAAACUUUGAAAUGGGUUAAUUUGACCCGCAACAUAACAGCAGGGUUAAAGGUGCAACGUGUAACACCUGGCUUCAUGCUGCAGACUAAUUCAUCAUUCAGAAUAAUCAUUUAAUCUCCUAACGCUUAAAUUAUGUUCAGUUAGGACGCUUUCACAACCCAAAGUCUGUUUGGUUUUUCUGAAUCAGAGUGAAACUGAUACUUUUAGUUUGUCUUGUAUUUAGUCUGGUUUGAUUUAACACGCUGGAAAUACAGUCAUGAAAUUUCUUUUUCAUUUUAAUGGCUGGUACAACUAAAGGUACAUUUGUUUGGACAAAUAUAAUAAUAACAACAAAAAUAGCUGAUAGGAGUUUAAUUUAAGAGCUGAUAUCUAGACACUUUCCAUGUUUUUUUGAUAAUAACCAAAAUCAUUAACAAGAAAACUAUGGAAAAUGGCUUUAAAAUGAACAAGAAAUUGAAGAAAACAAGCUCUUGCUGAGUCGUCAAUAACGUGUUGAUCUAUUAUUUCUGAUGUGCUGCGAUCAGACAGCUGUAUAACCAGAGAAGGCCAGCCUUGAUGGUAAAUAUUACAUUAUUCUGAGCAAUAAGUUGAUAAUUCUGCAGAGAGAAAUCAGCCUUAGCUCAGUGUUAGUCUACAGAGUGAAACUGAAGGACAUGAGUUUCAUCUUUAUGCUCUGAUGGAACCUCAUGAUUUUAUUAGGAGCCACAAUCUGCUGCGUUCUGGUUCAUGUCCUGUAUUUGGGUCAGAUUACAGGUGCAUCUCAAUAAAUUAGAAUAUCAUAGAACAGUUUAUUUAUGUCAGUAGUUCAAUUUAAAAAAGUGGAAAUAACACAUUAUAUAGAUAUAUUACACACAGAAUGAAACAUUUCAUGUCUCAAUUUAUUUAAUUUCUUCUAAUAAUAAUAAUAGUUAUGACUAACAUUUAAUGAAGACCUAAAAUUCAGUGUCUCAAAAAAUGUAAUAUUACAAAAGACCAAUUUUAAAAAGUAUGUUUAAUAUGGAAAUGUUGGCCUCUGAAAAGUAUGUCCAUCCAUAUGACUCAAUACUUGGUUGGGGCUAUUUGACUUGAACUACUGGAAAUGGACUUUUCCAUCAUAUUCUAAUGUAUUGAGAUGCACCUGUAUGUUCACAGUGAAUCAAACCGCAUUUGGUUGGUUUGGUCCAAUUUGAUCGCCACAAGCGACCAAACGAACCUUAACAAAGAAUUAACCAACCAGAGUUCAACCCAUUGAAACAUUGGGUUGUGAAAGCACCCUUAGACACAUAAUAAACCUUUCAAUGUCCUCAAAAUCUAUAGCAAAGUUUCAAAACUUCCAAUCCUGCCGCAUCGAAAAACGGCAAUACCAAGCGGUUACAAUGCAGCGAAGAAAAUUCAAAACAAACUAUCAAAACAACACAGAUAUCAUACGAUCUCUACGUGUUUACAUUCUUCAGAAAAACAACCAUACAAAAUUAUUUUCAGUACUGUUUGUGCCAAUGUCUACUCUUGUUUUGCAUCUUUUAAAUCAGAAAUGUGUCUAUUUAAGGACUCGCUACAAUUCACAUGUUCUUGAGGGUGAUUUAGGGACGUUUAUGGGGACGGUUUGAAAACAAACAGCGUGAUUUCCUUCUUUUUAGGGGGUAACGUGGCUUCAGUAUGAGUUGCGUGUAUUGUGAAUUAACUGUCUUCAUGCACAGUUAUCAUGUAUGUAUUCUGUUUGCUAAAAUCAAAUAAACAGGGAUUUUUUU